GCCCCAUGUGCUUCUCUGUUCCCCCUCGGCUCUGGAUCGCUGGCUUGAGAAGCGAGUUGUGAAACCGAGAGUGAGAGUGUAGCUCCCGGGCUAGCAGCUCACGAUGACCCGUGACGUGUGAGCAGCUACACGCUCAACACUCCUGUCCGGUGGUAGAUCGAUCUAUGACCACGUCACCGAUCACACCUCGCCCGGGUCUACGACGUCACGUGGAGCGGAAUGACACACUCUGACAGAUGUGACGGGGAAAAAAGUACGACUGUACCACUACAACCAUCACACACCCGCCAUCUUGUGCGCGUAUCAAAGAUCUGACAUCGCCAUAACAACGGUCUCCGGGUCUUAUCUCUGAGCAUGACACAUAGUGGAGGCGAGCUGAGGUCCUAUAUAAGCGGUUUCGAGAUGAAACGCAAACCACACAACGCCUCAAGCCAUUUCCAGCCUUUGAAAGACCUCCAGCAUCUUUUCACUCUCGCCAUGUGGAAGGCAGCAAUCUUGACCCUGGGUUUGUUGGUGGCUCUGGUAGACAGGGUGCGCUCCAACGACGGCCAUCCCUCUUUCUACGGGGUGAAACUGUGCGGGAGAGAGUUCAUACGAGCUGUCAUCUUUACCUGUGGUGGUUCUCGCUGGAGGAGAAGCAUAGGAGACUCAGCUCUCAUUGGAGAAGAAGCCUUUGACCCAUGGAACACAGACCCCAUCCCUCAACAUACCAGUGAGCAGGACCCUGCAGAGUCCAAAGGAUGGAAAGAUCAAACACUGGAGGUGGCACCGGUGGCUACUGGAUUCAAACACUCAGCUCGCUUGCCGAUCUCAGAGGAGGUGCUGGAGGCUCUGCGGAGUGCGGACAGGAAAGGACGGGAUGUAGUGGUCGGACUGUCCAACGCCUGCUGCAAGUGGGGCUGUAGCAAGAGUGAAAUCAGCUCUCUGUGCUGAACCUACUCUCCUUAAACGUGCUUCUUGACCUGUCACUAAUGCAGAGCUCCUCUCUUUUUCUGUGAUUACUCCAGUUUUUCAUCGUAACCAUUCAUGAAAUGACACUUCCCUUCCAACUUA